GCCAGCCAUCCAUUCAUCCAUCAAGCUCCUGGACUUGGACCGGUGGCACAACAAGAAUGUACCAAGAGUAGGUGCAGAGAUGAUCAGCAGUUCGCUCGCUCGUUCGUUCGAGUUGCCCAGUGCACGAACUGUCGGGUUGGUGGAUUUCCUCAAUCUCCUGCUUUUCUGCUCUGUAUGCGGAGCUUCCGUGGAUCGUAUGAGUGUCUCGUCCUGCCCAUACAAAUGGCAGCUCGCGACUCGGUUGAGGACGAGCUGAGGACUUGAAAAUGAAAAUGAAAAUGGCAGAGAGGGCUUCGAUGGCGGCUCUUCAGAGAUGGCCUUCACCGUCGAGGAAUUUCGUCAGCGCCGUGCUCAUGGCCACGAUCAUGGCCUGCGCCGGAGUUGGAGCUGGAGCUGGAGGUGGAAUUGAAGCUGAAGCUGCAGGCUCGAUGAAUUCCUCGACGAGUCUCGGGCACAUGGAUGGUGCCGAGGUGGGGGGAUCCGGAGCACCAUUGUGGGCGAAUUUCACCAGUCGAGUCUUCGUGGUGGGAGAGCGGGAGAGAGCUCGCUGGCCGGAAUUGGAGCUAAACACGAGGACGGGGGUGGGGAUUGUAUUGGGGGGAUUGGGGGCUAGCCUCUGCACCGCUGCAGGAAUCGGAGGCGGAGGUUUGUUUGUGCCUCUUUUCAGUCUUCUUCUGCAAUUUGAUUCCAAGACGUCUGCAGCUCUGUCCAAUUUCGUGAUGGUCGGGGGGCAGUCGGUAACCAUGGUAUUGAAUCUGGCACAGAGUCACCCACUUCAUCCGGAAAGGUCCCUCAUAGACUUCGACGCAGCUCUUCUUCUGCAGCCCAAUCUUCUCCUGGGCAUCAGCACGGGAGUGAUCCUGAAUGUUGUGUUACCGAACUGGUUCAUCACGUUGUCGCUAACCAUAGUCCUGUCUUACGUGACUUUACACUCUUGUAGGAGUGGGUUGAAACGAUGGAAGAAGGAGUCCCAUCAGCUGGCUCUGCCAACCUUUGAAAUCGCUUGCAAAAAACUUGAGACUCAAAGUUCACUUUCCUCCUCUGGGUCAGAAAUCUCCGAAAACCUCAUGGAAUCUCUGCUCGACCAUCACGGCAAUUCCCGCUUUCCCCAAAAAAAAAUCUUCGCUCUUGCCAUUGUUUGGCUCGCCUUCGGUGCCGUGCAGUUCUUACGCGAAGGCAAAGGGAGCAAGGGCAGAUGCGGCAUAGGCUACUGGCUGCUCACGGCCACGCAGGUACCACUGGCGCUGAUCGUAACACAUUACACGUUUACGAAUCUCCGCGAAACUGUUGCUACUCAUAAAGGAGCUUCGGAAUCACCAGAUGAUGGCUUUGUACUAGGACCAGAAGCCAGCUCUCUAUUUCCAAAGAUGGCAUUAAUGACGGGAAUUAUCGGAGGAAUGCUGGGGAUCGCAGGGGCUGUGAUAAUCAAUCCCAUGCUAAUGUCAGCCGGAAUGCAUCCUCAGGUAACAGCAGCGACUUCAGGCUUUAUGGUGGUGUUUUCCGCCUCCAUGUCCGUGGUCCAGUAUUGGCUAAUGGGCCGCGUUCCAUUAGACUGGGCAAUUUCAUCAGCAGUCCUCUCUGCUCUGUGUUCUGCUGUGGGAAUCUUGCUCCUGCAGAGAACCAUCACCAAGUUGGGACGGGCAUCGUUAGUCGUAUUUUUGGUAGCAUUCGUAGUAGGGAUCAGCGCUGUGCUCAUGGCUGUUCUCGGAGGUUGGGACGUGUGGAGACAGAUACAAACCGGGGCCUACAUGGGCUUCCAUUAUCCUUGCUAGCUAGAUGCUGUGAAAGAUCCGUAUCCACGAUCAAAGUAUGCGCAGAAGGCCAGCCAGAGAUCCAGAAGAGUAACAUUCAUAGAAAACUGUAAAUACGAGAGAACCACGACGCACGCAUAUAAAAAUUUCCCAAAAAAUUGGAAGUCCUUGACAUCAUCAUGACGAGUCCGAGUCCGAGUCCGUGUCAGGGAGGUUAUGGAACGAAUCGUAUGAGUGAUCGGUGAAGCUCCUAGCACCUCAUUCACUCACCUCUUUGUAGCAACACGAACAGCAUAAGAACUUGAGGUAUGGACAGGAGCACACGGAAUCCAGCUCCUACCGAAGGGCACCGGCAAGAAAAGCGCUGCGCCACGAGCAUUCGACCUUGCCAUCGCUUUUGAACCACCACCACAGUUUCGAGCGAAAAGCGAAAAAGACUCCGAGUCCAAUCAUGUCGCAAAGUACAGGAGUACAGAAAUGAACUGAACAAUGAAAAUAUCACAGCGCAGCGGCGGUCCGACUACGUAAAGAUCGUUUAGAUUUAGAUACCUCAAGGUCAUAACGAAAAGGAAUCGUGUCGAUCGCGCGUGAGGCAACGAGGCACAUGAAGACAGGCGAAAUGCGAUCAGUGCGAGCCGAAGCACCGGCCGUCGAAUGCAUCCUGGCGACCUUGAAAAACUGAUCCCAG